UAGUUUUGUCUUUAUCAGUCUUCAUAUAGCCACGUAUCAUUUUGGUCAACAAAAAUGAUAGCUCUGAUAUUGUUUUUAAUAUUUAUAGCCGUAGUGUACUUAUAUAAUACAAGGAAUUUCAAAUACUGGGAGAAGAAAGGUGUGAAACAUGAUAAACCAGUGGUUUUAUUCGGUAAUAACAUCAAAGGAUACCUCAUGCAGCAGACGAAAUCGCAAGCAGCCGCAGAAAUGUACAGGAAAUAUCCAAAUGAGAAAGUUAUAGGAUAUUACCGAUCGGCGCGUCCUGAAUUAAUAGUAAAAGAUCCAGAAUUGAUCAAGAAAAUAAUGGUGACAGAUUUUCAACAUUUCUUUUACAGAGGCUUCAAUCCCAACAGGAAAGCUGUUGAGCCAGUUUUUCAUAGUUUGUUCGCCGCUGAAGGUGAUUUGUGGAAGAUGUUGAGAACCAGAAUGACCCCAGCUUUUACAAGUGCGAAAUUGAAAGGAAUGUUCCCUCUUAUCAUCGAAAGGGCAGAGAAAUUGCAAGCCAGGACGUUAGAGGCAGCUAAAGCAGGAAAAAGUCUCGAUUCCAGGGAACUCAUGGCUAGAUACACAACAGAUUUUAUUGGAGCGUGUGCGUUUGGUCUAGAUUCGGAUUCACUGAACGAGGAAGAUUCCAAUUUUCGAAAACUCGGCAAAAAAAUAUUCGACGCCGGUUUCAAGGAUUUCAUAAUCAAUCUAUUAAAAGAAAUGUGGCCAGAAGCAUUUAAGAAUCUGAAAUAUUUUGCGAAAAUUGAAGACGGUGCGAGACAAUUAGCUUAUGAGGUGCAGAAAGCGAGAAAUUUCCAGCCGUCGGGACGCAACGACUUCCUUGAUAUGAUGAUGGAGAUAAAAGGCAAAGGCGCAGUUGAAUUUGAAUCAAUCGAAAAGGUGUUACCUAAUGGUGAUUCUGAAAAGGUUGUGAUGAAUUUUACAGAUGACAUAUUUAUGUCACAACUUCUUGUUUUCUUCGCGGCUGGAUUUGAAACAUCUUCAAACUCGACAAGUAUGACUUUACACCUUCUAGCUUAUAAUCCUGACGAACAAAAGAAAGUACACGAAGAUAUAGAUAAAGCUUUAGCUAAACACAAUAAUAAACUGAGUUACGACGCAAUAAGAGAUAUGCCUUAUUUAGAAAUGGCUUUUAAAGAGGCCAUGAGGAUAUUGCCUGCACUUGGCUACGUUUCAAGAUUAUGUUCGAGAGAUUACACUUUUGAAGAAUUGGGUCUUACGAUUGAUAAAGAAGUUAGAGUCGUUAUUCCAAUUCAGGCAUUACAUAUGGAUCCUAAAUACUGGGAUGAACCGGAAGAGUUUAAGCCUGAGAGAUUCCUUCCAGAGAAUGCUGAAAAAACAAAAGACGUAUAUUUACCAUUUGGAAUCGGACCACGCAGUUGUAUUGGUGCACGCCUUGGCCUUAUGCAAUCUUUAGCUGGCUUGGCGGCCAUAUUGUCAAAAUUCGAGGUCAAACCUGCGCCGGAGUCGAAGAGACAUCCGGAAAUAGAUCCGCUGUCAGAGAUUGUUCAAGGCGUAAUUGGUGGUCUUCCUCUUAUUUUUGAAGAACGAAAAUAGUUUAAAUUAAAAAAAAAAUACAAAAGCAAAUAUAACGUUAAAUACGUGUUAGUAUAAUUUAUAACGAUAACACGCUUACAAUGAGUAAAACUUUACAAGGUGAAAGAAAAAAUCAACAACAUUAUACUAAAAAGGGUAAAUAAAAAAAAUACAUAUGUUACAAAAAUAUAUCCUCCACAACCUGUAAAUCCAUAUUAUAGUAUUUUGUUUUGAUAAGACAAACAUAUAUUGUAACAUAUGCCUGUGGUUUCGUCCUACAUAUACAUAAUCACGUCUUUAUCCCUCGCGGGGUUGACAGCGCCAACAGUCGCACAAAGACUGAAAAGCCAUGUUCAGCUGUUCGGCUAAAGAUGGAAUUGAGAUUCAAUUAGUGAAAGGUUGCUAUCCCAUCGCCUAUAAGACCCUUAGUCGGCUUUAACGACAUCCAUGGGAACGAGAUGGAGUGGUCCUACUCUUUUUUUUUUGUUAAUGCCGGGAGCCACACGGCAAAUAAUCUAAAUACAGUAAUAAUGUUAUUAUCUACCAUUAACGAGUUUCAAAGAUUAGUGUUUAUUCAACAAACUGUGUAUUACAAGUCAAUUUGUGAUGACUGAUGACACAGCAUUUACCCUAGGACAAUGAUAAGAUGUUAUGUUUUCAUUUAAUAGUAUGAUAUGAGUUGAUAAGUUUCCUUUUGACAAAUAGCCGUGUAAUGACCGUUCUUACGAGCAAUCAUCAUUUAUUUAAAAAAAAUAGAACUAUAAUUACAUACAGUUGGAUGUGGCCUUCCAGUGCUUGCAAGACUGUUGACUCUGUCUACUCCGUGAGAAAUAAAGAGGUGAUAAUAAUAAUGUAAUUAAAAUAACAUACAUACAUAUGGUCACGUCUUUAUCCCUUGCGGGGUAGACAGAGCCAACAGUCUUGAAAAGACUGAAGGCUUACAAACUUAGGAUUCUUUUUUAGGCGAUGGGCUAGCAACCUGUCAAUAUUACAGCUGAACGUAGCCAAUUGGUCUUUUCGAGACUGUUAGCUCUGUCUACCCCACAGGGACUAUAUGUAUGUUCCAGGUUUUCAUCGUAAAGGCUAGCCUUUGUCGUAUUAAAGACAUACAAUACAUCACAGGACUGCACAAUAGCCUAUUUAUGUCUAGUACAUUAACCGGUCAUUAUAACAAUGGUAUAAUGGUUAACAUUGUACGCCUAUUGUUAUUUUAACAUGUAUUAUAUUAUCGUCAAAAUACCAUAAUUAGAUCAUGAUUAUUCAAACUUCAA